AGGUCCCCAACUCGCUCUAAAUCAAGGUCGAGGUCUCGGUCACGUUCUCCAUCUCAUUCUCGACCAAGAAGGCGUCACAGGUCACGAUCAAGAAGGCGACCAAGCCCGAGACGACGGCCGUCCCCGAGGAGGAGGACUCCUCCAAGGCGAAUGCCUCCCCCACCCAGGCACAGAAGAAGCAGAUCACCAGUGAGGCGGAGGAGACGCUCAUCAGCAUCUUUAUCUGGCAGUAGCUCUUCCUCCUCCUCCUCACGUUCCCGAUCUCCACCAAAGAAACCACCUAAAAGGCCUGUGUCCAGCCCUCCUCGUAAAACACGGCGGCUGUCUCCUUCUGCCAGCCCCCCGAGGCGGAGGCACAGACCUUCCCCACCACCAAGUCCACCUCCCAAACCACGCAGAUCUCCAACACCCCAGCAGUCAAAUCGUGCAAGGAAAAGCCGUGGCUCUGUUUCACCUGGCAGGGCGUCAGCACCCAAGCAUAAGAGUACUGAAAAAAGAGAAUCUCCUUCACCAGCACCAAAACCAAGGAAGGCUGAGCUGUCUGAGUCAGAAGAAGAUAAGGGAGGUAAAAUGGCUGCAGCAGAUUCUGUGCAACAGAGACGUCAGUACAGAAGGCAAAAUCAACAGUCUUCAUCUGAUUCUGGCUCCUCAUCUUCAUCUGAAGAGGAAAGACCCAAGAGAUCCAACGUGAAGAACGGGGAGGUCGGUCGGCGCCGCCGCCAUUCCCACUCACGCAGCCCAUCUCCAUCCCCACGGAAACGACAGAAGGAGCCUUCCCCUCGGAUGCAGAUGGAAAAGAGGUGGCAAUCACCAGUGAUGAAAAGUAGGAGGAGGAGGAGCCCAUCCCCCCCACCUGCCCGGCGACGGCGUUCUCCUUCCCCACCCCCCCCUCCCAGGCGACGGCGCUCGCCCUCCUUGCCCCGCCGAAGGUCUCCAUCACCACCCCCACGCAGGCGCUCGCCCUCCCCCCGGAGGUACUCCCCCCCGAUACAAAGGCGAUAUUCUCCUUCUCCACCUCCAAAGAGAAGAACAGCUUCUCCUCCUCCUCCACCCAAACGACGAGCGUCGCCUUCUCCGCAGUCAAAGCGCAGAGUCUCCCAUUCACCACCCCCAAAACAGAGGAGCUCUCCAGCUGCUAAGAGGCGCUCGCCAUCGAUAUCUUCCAAGCACCGGAAGGGUUCUCCUUCCAGUAGGUCCAAUAGAGAAACACGUUCUCCACCACAAAACAAAAGGCAUUCACCUUCACCAAGGCCUAGAGCUUCUCAUACCUCUUCAAGCCCGCCGCCGCUGCGAAGGGGAGCGUCAGCAUCGCCCCAGAGAAGACAGUCUCCAUCUCCAAGCACCAGACCUAUCAGGAGGGUGUCGAGAACACCAGAACCGAAGAAGACAAAGGCUUCCACCCCAAGUCCACGAUCUGCCAGGCGGGUGUCGUCAUCACGGUCUGCGUCGGGAUCGCCUGAGCCAGCUCCAAAAAAGCACCAAGGGCCUCCAUCUCCUGCUCGCUCUCGUUCCCCUUCUGCCAACUGGUCACCUGCAAAAAAGACUAAAAGUCCAACUCAGAGCCCAUCUCCUGCGAGGAAUUCAGAUCAAGAAGGGGGCGGAAAAAAGAAGAAGAAAAAGAAGGAUAAGAAGCAUAAAAAGGAUAAAAAGCACAAGAAACACAAAAAGCAUAAGAAGGAAAAGGCUGCAGUGGCUGCAGCAGCUGCUGCUGUGGCUGCAGCAGAUACCACCUCAGCACAGGAAGAGCAGGAAGCAGAGACAGAACCCAAAAAGGAGACAGAAAGUGAACCAGAGGACAACCUUGAUGAUCUAGAAAAGCACCUGCGAGAGAAGGCGCUGAGGUCGAUGAGGAAGGCACAGGUGUCCCCCCCAUCGUAGGCCGAAUCCUUUGAUAUAAUGUACAUUUUAUUUGGUUUGUACUCAGAAUUCAAUUUCAAAUUGCUAAAUGUGUUUGAGCUUUAGAAUAUAACAUUUGUUGUAAUAAUUGCUAGGUUGAGGUUCACCAUGUACAAAGGGCAUGGAUUUACAUUGCAAAAGGUGUCCACAGUGUACUAGUGACAUUCUUUCAUUGACAGUCAACAUAAUUUCCUUUAGAGCAAGACUUCUUAGAAGCAGUAGGGGUUUGUUUUGAAGGUUUUCAACAUGACCAUCAGCUCCCUGGUUUCUUUGAAAUUCAACAGAGCCUUUUAGAAUAAUUUGUGAGGGUCUCAUUUGACUUCUUUUGUAUCCACUCACAUUAUGCUACUAACCUUUGUGGUUUGUAAGCCUGCCCAGAAGUAAAACCACUGCAGAAUUACCAAGGAAGUACGUAUAUUUUAAUGCUUUCUACAGUUGCCUGUACAGUCUCCAUUAAAGCAAAUCAAGAAUAGCAAUUUAGAGUGGUACAUAAAUGAAAGCAUGUUGUUUACCAGGACACUGUGGGUUUAUAUUGAUGUAACAUGUUGAUUUGGAACACUGGAAUUUCAUUUGUAUUUUUGUUUUGUUUAUUUUUUUAAAGGGCAGUUUCCAUGAUCAGCAGUCCCAGAACAAUCCCUUCAGUUACCCAAAUUCUGUUUGUGAGAUGUCGUUGCCCCAUUCAUAGAUCUUGUCUCGUUAGGGUUCCUCUGAACGGUGUGAGCCACUUUCAGAGAUGUGCUCUUUGGAAGUGUGAGGAACCUGAACUUUGGAUAUUGUCAUGUUUUCACUGUUUUUUUGUUUUUGUUUUUUUAACUAAAGCUAUAUAAAGCUUGUGGAUUAAACAAAAUAAAUUUCUAAAUUUAAAGAGA